CUCUCGAAUUCCCGCGAGCCAAAAGCUCUCUCCUUUCUCGAUCUUUCUCUCUCCUUGAUUCUUCUCUCCUAGUCGCCGAGCUCCGAUAGAAAACCCUUCGAUUCCGUACGCCGGCGAUCGGAAUCGCGGUGGCGCCGCCGCCGGAAAACCCCUUCGAUUACCGCUCACACCCCUCCGACCUGUCCGCUCGCCAGAUAUGGCGCCCAAGGGGCCCGAGGCGGAGAGCCCCUCCCCCACCAACGGGUCUGUCCGGAAGCGGACGGAGGCGCCGUCCCCGUCGUCGCCGCGGAAGUACCGGUCCCUGGCGGAGAUUAUGCGCAGGGCGAAGCCAGCUCCGCCUGUCACAGGCGACUACUAUUCCGACGUCCAGUGCGAGCAGUGCCGCUCCGGCGACCGCGACGAGGAGAUGCUCCUCUGCGACCGCUGCGACAAAGGGUACCAUAUAUUCUGCCUCCGCCCGAUCGUCGUCAGGGUUCCCACUGGCCCCUGGUUGUGCCCUAGCUGCGCCGGAGAGCCGACGUUCAAAAGGUUUCCAUUGAUGCAGACGAAGAUCAUAGACUUUUUCCGGAUUCAGAGGUGCUCGAUUACUGCUGAAGAGGAGAAAUGUAGGCCCUCCCAAGAUACAAGGAAGCACAGGAGACGUUCUAUGCUGUUAGUUAUGCAUAAGAAGAGGAGGAGGAUAUUGCCAUUUAAUCCAACGGAAGAUCCAGUGCGAAGACUUGAACAAAUGGGUUCUCUUGCUACUGCCUUAACAACACUGCAGAUAGAGUUCAGUAAUGAGCUAACUUACAUGCCUGGGAUGGCCCCUAGAUCUGCUAAUCAAGCAAUUUUGGAAAAAGGUGGCAUGCAGGUCCUUCCAAGAGAAGAUAAAGAAACGUUAGAGCUCUGCAGGGCCAUGUACAAAAGAGGAGAAUGUCCUCCACUUUUAGUAGUUUAUGAUUCACUUGAAGGAUUCACUGUACAGGCUGAUGGACAUAUAAAGGAUAUGACCUACAUUGCUGAAUACACUGGAGAUGUGGAUUACUUGCUAAACCGACAACAUGAUGAUUGCGACAGCAUUAUGACCCUUCUUUCUGCAACAAACCCAUCUGAGAGUCUAGUUAUCUGUCCUGAUAAACGUGGAAAUAUUGCUCGCUUCAUCAAUGGCAUUAACAACCAUAAUCAGGAGAGUAGGAAGAAGCAGAAUAUUAAAUGUGUCAGAUAUGAUGUAGAUGGCGAAUGCCGGGCCUUAUUGGUUGCUUGUCGUGAUAUAGCUUGUGGAGAAAGGCUUUAUUAUGAUUACAAUGGUUGUGAACAGGAAUACCCAACUCAGCAUUUUAUCUGAAUUUCCCGAGAAGCUUCAGCAACAUAAUUAUCUAACUUGUUCUUGGAAAUUGAAAAAAAUUGGGCCAGCAAGCAUCAUUCUUGACAUAGAUGAUUAUAGAUUCUUUCAUUAGCAAGCCUUCUUAUUUUGUUUCUUGCGACUUCAAAUUUUGUCUACUGUAGUUUUGGCCCAUUUUUUAAUUGAUGGUUCCAAUAUUUAAUUGGUUAUAAGGUGCUAUAAUUUAUAACAAAGAGAUCUUGAAUGACAUAUUUUUGGACCUUGAUGUCAAUUUAAUAUACAAUUUUGUUACAGUUCUAUAUGUUUCUUUGAACUUUGUAAGGAACUGCAACCCCAUAGUUCUUGUUUUAUAUUGUUCUUGUGAUUAUCACAUUGAUGGUUUUGUAGCUAUAAUCUCACAAUAAGUGUUCUUAUGGAGCUUUAAUUGACUAAUAUUUUAAAAAUGCUAGCUGAAUUUAUUGUCAAAUUAUUUUGAGAAUUGUCUCUGGUACAAUCAUCAAGACUUUACUGACAGGCCAGCUCGUAUCUUCUUGUGGAACAUUAAUUUGACCAGACUAGGUAUCUGGGGCAAAAAAAAUGAUUGACUAGUAGAACAUAUUCCAUAUCUCUUUAUUGAUUCAUACUGCCUGUAGAGUCAUAUUGUAUCCACCAAGCUGGACCUUUCUAAGUUGUUGGAAAAGGCUGUUCAGUGUCAUUUGGUAGUUCAGCAUAAACAAGUCGUCUUCCUAUAAUCCAGUUGUCAGUUUUUAGUAAUGUUCCUAUAACCCGGUGGUCACCUGCAACAUGAGCUUAAGUGGUGCUGUUGCCAUGCAGCGUUACAAAUGGUCAAAUUUACUGUGAUAACAAAGUAGGCAGGUCUAAGCUUGACCAUAAUGGGAUACAAAAAAAUUGGACAAGAACUUCUGCCAUUGAAUGGGUACAUGAUCAUCCUAUAAAUUAUAGCAUUCUCCUGGCUGUAAAUUUGAGGACCAAUUUAAUAUUAAUCUGUCUAAUCAGCAAAAGGUCGUCGCAUUCUGUAUGGAGAAGAAAGUUGCAUGGAUGGGGAAAUACAUGGUUGGAAAGUUACAUUGAUGGAUAUGUGAACCUAUUAUCCUUCUCGAUUGGUUCCUCUGAAGUGUCUUUUGAAGUCGUGCCCUUUUUGGAUUAAUUAGAUGAUUGGUCAUACAAAAGAGCUUGUCCAACCUUUUCGUAAAAGAUUUCAAGCUUUUCCUCUCUACAACAACAGAUUACCCCAGCUCAAGCUUUGAUUAAAUGUGGAACAUCAACUGAUCUCCCUCUCUCUUUCUCUCUCUCUGCGAGCGCGUGUGCGAAUUUGAAAUUUCAUCAGAGUAUUCAAAAAAGAGUGGCCAGUCAUGGGUAAUCAGUUUCAAUAAUCAAAGCUUGGAUGGUUUCAGGUGCAACCAGACGGCCUAUUGCUGAAGAGUCAUAUUUGUAAUUUGGAUGAUAAUGCUCAAACUGGUAUGGCAGCCACCACAUAAUAUGGUGGGGUAAGUUGCACACAGUUGAAGAGCUCAUGUCAGUUGCCUUCAGAGGACUAAAUGAUUAAAUGAAAUCUUUGCAUGGGGCAGUUGAUUGUUUGGCAAUAAAAAUUUGUUUAGAGUGGAAUCUUAUAGAAAGUGGAUCUUUUGACACCAAAGAAUAGCUGCAUAUUAGAAGCCUGCAUUUAUUGGUUGCCAAAGGUGAAAAACAAGAAACUUUUUGAAUCUAAGGCAGCGACUAAGUUGUUGCUGCCUAAGUUGGACAACUGACUGCAGAUCCGAGUAACCUUGUAUCUACUCCUAGUCAGAGGUGAAAGUAAGUUUGAAGAAACUCCAUCUUCAUUAGAUUAUAAGCGAACUCUGCAGUUAUUUCUUAAACAAGCUCAUGGUAGUGAAGAUAUAUUCAUGGACUCGAGUGAGGGUCCUAUCAUUUUGUACCUUAACAAUUACAGAUAGAAGAUCUUGAUCUGCAACAGUCUUGUACAGUAAUACACUUCGACUUUG